GCACAAUUUUGUAUUGAAAAAAAAAAAAAGGUACACAAUACUUCUUAGCGGAAGCUACAUAUCAUCACGAUAAUCGAAAUAUCAAUUUUUGGAAACAUAAAAAAAUUCCCCAUUCGUUUUUCAUGCGUUAAAUUCCAAUUAAAGGAGGGGAAAAGGAACAGAGGGCAGAAAAUUUCUGCGCGCAUUUUCUGCAUAGCCGAAUAGCACAAUGGCAGACAAGUUAACGGAGGAGCAAAUUUCCGAAUUCAAGGAGGCCUUUAGCUUAUUUGACAAGGAUGGCGAUGGAACCAUAACAACCAAAGAAUUGGGGACAGUCAUGAGGUCACUGGGGCAAAACCCAACCGAAGCAGAAUUGCAAGAUAUGAUAAACGAAAUAGACACAGACGGAAAUGGAACCAUCGAUUUCCCCGAGUUCUUAACUCUGAUGGCGAGAAAAAUGAAAGAUACGGACACGGAAGAGGAACUAAUUGAAGCCUUCAGAGUAUUCGACAGAGACGGGGAUGGAUACAUAAGUGCAGAUGAGCUAAGACACGUCAUGACAAACUUGGGAGAAAAACUAACCAAUGAGGAAGUGGACGAAAUGAUACGAGAGGCGGACAUUGACGGGGAUGGCCAGAUCAAUUACGAGGAGUUCGUCAAAAUGAUGAUAGCCAAGUAGCUGGUUAUCCAUAUGUGUGUAUGUGUGUGUUUAUUCGCGCAAGUGUCUGUUUUUUCAUAUAUCCAUUCGUAUGCUUAUGCGGACGUGUUCAUGUUGUUGCACACAAGCGCGCAAAUCUGAGUGCUUGUCUGUGUGUACUUACGUAUGUGUGUGCAUGUCUGCGGAAACGCG